GGGAGGAGAACUUGACUUUGUCCAAUGUUCUGAAUCAAGUCCAGCUACCUGUCAUGGAUUUCACCACUUGUCAACAGGAAAAGGUCUGGGGUGACAAAGUCAGCCCAACUAUGCUAUGUGUGGGCUUCAGGGACCUCCAGGAGGCUCCUGCGGCAUGCCAGGGAGACUCAGGGGGCCCCUUGCUUUGCCAGAUGGGAAGGAACGAGUGGGAAGUCCACGGCAUAGCCAGCUUUGGGCCUGUUGGCUGCAGAGCUGAGAACAAGCCCAGUGUCUUCACCAGGACCGCUUCCUACAGGCCCUGGAUCGAGGCUACCAGAAUCCGGGACUUUUUCUUCUAUUGAAUCCGAAGGGAUGGUAUAUGGAUGGGCCCUUGAAAGAAAUCUUGGCUCUGGGCCUCACUCCAGUCAGAUAAGGCAAACUCAGGAAAUAAGAUAAAGGAGUUUAUUAGCCUCCAAGGCAGCUUGCAGCUAGAGCAAAGCUGACCUCCAAUUCAAACUGCAGGCUUCUUUUAUAGACUGGAGUAAACAACUUUCAUAGAAAAGGAAGACAAUCCCACUUGGUACACAUUUGUUGGUUUUUUUUUAAACCCUUACCUUCCAUCUUAGAAUUAGUACUGUGCAUUGGUUCCAAGGCAGAAGAGUGGUAAGGGCUGGGCAAUGGAGGUUAAGUGACUUGCCCAGGGUCACACAGCUAGGAAGUAUCUAAGGCCAGAUUUGAACCCCAGUCUCUAGCCACUGAACUACCUAGCUGCACCCCACCCCCAUUUCAAUGAGGGAUAAGAUUAGGGCUGCCUCUACUUCUCCCCUAUUAACAGCAUCAUAGGAGAAGGGAUUGGUGCCCCAGUUGUACCUGCCAUUUUGUAUAGGCUAGCUGCCAUGAACCCCAAGUCUAAAUGCCAUGAAGUCACUCAGACAGACUGUACCUUGGACUGGCAUUGUACAAUCUCCCUUUUGGUGCUGGCCAUACUCCUGGUGCAACACCACGGUGGAAUCUAUAUUGCUUCUCUAGUCUUAACAGCAUCAUCCUGAUCUCUGCUGCUUGCAAUUUGGUUCUUUGCACCAAAGAGGCACCAUAAGCCCAAGCAACACAGAAUCUUUAUGAGGACAUAUAAGAGAAAACCCAUAAAGACAUACUUCAGCCGUGGGACAUUUGGGAGCCAAGUGGUUAGCUGUUGCCAUGGGACCGGAGUUCCUUACCGUUCUCCUGGACCAUGUUCUAGGCACUCCAAACGGAGUCCAUGUAGGUAUGGAUGCUCUUGUGGUGGAUGGGCUCCAUUCCUGACCCACGAAGGCCCAUACCCUUCCCUUCUCUGCUAGGAGGAAAUCCAGAGCCAGCCAAAAGAAAACUAAGGAUUUAGGGUCUUCACUGCACCUUUGGUUUCAUUAACAAAUAUUUGCAAAAGUUUGUUCAUUUUAUUCAGGAGUGUCCAGACUGUGUCUGUUCCCAUACAUGGGUAAUAGGAUGGAAAAAGAAGGGGGCAGCCAAGUAGAAACUUAGAUGACUGCAUCCUUGCUUUGAGAGGGACAUCUAAGAGACAGGGUAGGUAUGGACCAGAGGCCAAAAUACCUACCCAAGCCACCAAUAACAUCCUUUUUUGUUUAUACAGAAAAUAAAAUUCCUACGGGGCUUUCCUAAAAAAUCUACUUUUGUUAUCAGGCUUCCCAGCUUAUAAGAAAUUCUCAGAAGGCCCUUUCAGUCUUGAAUGGUCACAUUUUGAUUCAGGGAUAGGGAAUAAUUCUAUCCCAUUUGACAUCCCAUUUUCUGACCUAUUGCCCUAUUCCAUUUAUAACACAAAACUGGUAUCUUGCAAUAUGUUGGAAGCUCAAAGAUGGCAAGAAUUAUAAAAGGUUAAUGAUUUUUCUUCCCAACUAAACAUGAAUAAGUGGGAAGACUCAUUCUUCUAGCCCAUGGCAGAACAAUUUGGUUUGUUUUGUAUCUAGGUAAGCUUUAUUGAUUGCAAAAUAAUAAUCACGGGCCUUGGAUGUCUGCCCCCAGGUUCAUGAGGGACAUCUCUUUCCCCAAGAAUAAGGGGUGGGACAACCUAACCAGCAGCUAGCUCAGUUAAAGGCACAAUUGGCAUGUUGGAUCAGAUGUAUAUAAAUACUGGGCUGCCUUGUUUCCCUAACCCCAAGGGCACACGAUAGGAUCUAAAGCUCAAACAACAAAUUCAUAGCAGAUCAUAGGUGAAGUAUCAGGUCCUCAUUAUCAGGGUCAAACAAGUGUCCAAAAGGCCAUUGAUUGGUGUUGGGGUUCUUUCUCAGCUUAACUGGGUAUGGGCUUGUUUUCUCUCUGGUCUGGAGUCAAUCACAACAAGCACAUGGGAGUGAUGUGUCCACUUGGCAACACUGGUGGCAGUAGGACUGCUCAGCUGAAUCUGGAAAAGUCUCCCUCCAUUUGCUCCAUUGGCCUCUGUUCCCCCAAACAUAUCUGUAGCCCACAGAUUUUGGUAGUUCAAUAAAAUUAAUCCACAGGUGUUCAAAUGAUGGGAGCAAUAAAAUCAAUUUGUGCGUGUUCAGAUGUUAGGGUCACCCACUUUUUUCUCUGCUUUUGUCACAGUUUUCUUCUAUGAAGAGUUAAACAAGAAAGGUAGCUGGAGACCACCCUUUUGGCAAACCAGGACCAGCAAACUUGGACUACAAGGGUCUUGGUUCCUAAAUCAGUAUCAGUCCAAGCAGAAAAAUGAUAAACAACUUAUAGAAUAGAUAACAAGUCCACAACAAACAGAACUAAUAAAACCAAUGGGUUUAUAAAGAAACCCAAUAGAGCAAUGGUUUCAGGGGUGGUAAGUCCUUUGGCAGCAUUCAUGAUCUUCAGGAGGCUGGUAAGCAUUUCUCAAACAAGUGGGUAUGAAUCAGGGCAGGUAUUUCCUCCAGUCUCCAGGUUCUAGGUCACUUGUUGAGAUCCUCUAUGCUUCUAAAAGCUUGUUAGUGUUAAGACUCAGCAUAUUAUAGCAAAACAUGACAAAAUCUAAUCAGAUUCGCUUUCCAGUAAUUAGUUCAGAAGGUGAAAAAUCAGUUUAGAUUCCAUGAAUCUAAUCCUAAUACCAACAGAGCUAAGAGAAGAACACCA